CAGGGGUAGGCUACACUCGGACAGCGCGCGAGACGGAGGCGGGACGCACGGGACCUUUUCUGCAGCCGGGCCGGGGUCUCCCGCCCGGUGGCUUCCCGUGUGCUUCGCGCCACAGUACCGUGGCACCCACCGGCCGCACGGAGACGCAAGGAGGCCGAGCGCGCGAGGGCCGGGUGCGUGGGCGCACCCCUCGCGCGGAGACCCUUCCUCGGCGAUUGCCGCGGGGAGACAUGCGGGCCGGGGCCUGGCCGCGGCGCCGCGAGACGGACUCGGGGGCGGGCUGCUAGGGGCUCCGCAGACGGCGCUGCGGCGCUGCUUCUUCCUCCCGGGGCCGGGGGGCGCGCGGCGGCGGCAUGUUCCCGCGGAGGCCGCUGGCCGCCUGGCUGGCGGGGGCGCGGGGCGGGGGCCUGCUGGGCCUGCUGGCCAAUCAGUGCCGCUUCGUGACGGGGCUGCGCGUGCGGCGCGCGCAGCAGAUCGCGCAGCUCUACGGCCGCCUCUACUCGGAGCGCUCGCGCUGCGUCCUGCUCGGACGCCUGUGGCGCAGGCUGCGCGGCCGCCCGGGCCAUGCCUCUGCCCUGAUGGCGGCGCUCGCCGGCGUCUUCGUGUGGGACGAGGAGCGAAUCCAGGAGGAGGAGCUGCAGAGAUCCAUUAAUGAGAUGAAAAAGUUGGAGGAGGUGUCGAGUAUAUUUCAGAGCUCUGGGGUUGAGCGCCACUCUCCAGAGUCAAAAUCCCAAACAGACGGGGAUGAAGACUCGAAGGACAGAGAGCAGCCGUGGGAAAUGGUGAUGGACAAGAAGCACUUCAAGCUGUGGCGGCGCCCCAUCGCGGGCACCCACCUGUACCAGUACAGAGUUUUUGGAACCUACACAGAUGUGACGCCGCGGCAGUUCUUCAACGUUCAGCUGGACACUGAGUACAGAAAAAAGUGGGAUGCCCUGGUGAUCAAGCUGGAGGUGAUCGAGAGGGAUGCAGUUAGUGGUUCUGAGGUUCUUCACUGGGUGACCCAUUUUCCUUAUCCAAUGUACUCUCGGGAUUAUGUUUACGUUCGUCGGUACAGCGUGGAUCAGGAAAACAACGUUAUGGUGCUGGUGUCACGUGCUGUGGAGCACCCUAGCGUGCCAGAGUCUCCGGAGUUCGUCAGGGUCAGAUCGUAUGAAUCCCAAAUGGUUAUCCGUCCCCACAAGUCAUUCGAUGAGAAUGGCUUUGACUACUUGUUGACCUACAGUGAUAAUCCCCAGACUGUGUUUCCGCGCUACUGUGUCAGUUGGAUGGUUUCCAGUGGCAUGCCGGAUUUUCUUGAGAAGCUGCACACCGCCACCCUGAAGGCCAAAAACAUGGAGAUCAAAGUGAAGGACUACAUCUCGGCGAAGCCUCUGGAAGUGAGCAGCGAGGCCAAGCCCACUGCCCAGGCCUCUGAGCGGAAGAACGAAGGCAGCUGUGGCCCGGCUCGUAUCGAAUACGCCUGAAGGGCCUUGGCAUGAGCAGGGAAAGGUGCUCCCAGCCCUGCCUCGGACCCUUAUCACAGCUGCAGCACGGGACAAGCCACGAGUGUUGGAAGGCAUCUGCUGGAAUGGCCAGUGAGGGACCAUCUGAUGGCUGGUGUCUGGCGUCACUCGGAGCCCUGUUGCACUGUCAGAGAGAGGGUGGCAUCCGUGGAGGCCUUGUCCUGUCCUCAGGCAGACAUCCUAAGAUUCAGUAUUCCACUGAGCUCACCUGACGCAGCCCUUGCUUCUCAGGCUGCAAGGGGGUGACCUUUCGCCUCCCGAGGAGUCCCUCACUGACAUUCCAAGCCCUGCCGUUGGCGUGCAGCACUUCAGGCCUCCUCCAGCUCCGCAGGCCCCCUGGGAAGGGUGCCUGGUGGCUCGCUGCUCACCGGGGUCACGGGCAGUGCUCUUGGUCACAGACCUGGUGGGAUAGGUGUGGAUGAUACACGGCCGUGCCAAGUGCCUUGUCCUUACCUCGCUUUUACCUUGAGGGACGUGAAGUUUGUACCAAGAUGUUUCUGUGGUAGUGUGCACCCCACUGACAGCAGAGCCCACAGUUCCUCUCGAACCAGCCGGGGUGUUACUGCGCUGUGUACCCAGAUGGUUGCCUCUUCCCAGCCUUACCCCGUGUGCCAGGAGCACAGCAACUGCACCCUCCCAGACAGCAGCUCCUGUGCCAUCAAAGUUGACAGGGCCUGUGGAAAUGCUCACAGCGUCACAUUUAAAUUCAAUUUAAUUUUUUAAAUAUUUGUGUCAAAAAGGAAUUGAGUGAGGCUUUUCCUUAGUCACUGUUCAGGAAAGUUUUGGUUCAGGUGUUGCUUCCCCCCUUGCGGUUUGAGUUGUCCUCCUCAGGAGGCUGAGGGCAGAGGAGCGGGGCUGGAAUGCCGCCUGCCGGAGCUCCAAGCUUAAGGCCGGCCGUGUGGACAAAUAGAUGAAAUUUUGCCAGCACCGGGAGUGUGGCAUGUGGCACACGUGACCCCCUCAUUGCUUUGGAAAGCUUUUCGUCUCUAGAGCUAAAAUAAAGGCAGGGCAAGGUCACACCCCGGUGGUAUUGGCUUGGCCUUGAUUUUGCUCGUGCUCAUGUUGCAGUCUCUUGGGAGGAUAGGGAUCAAGUUUUAAGUCCUCUUUUCUGGAGUUUAAAUGGCUGAGUUUCCCCUUUUUCCUGCUUGCUACCCUGUUGUGUUGAAAAAGGAAUCUAAGCCAGAGACUAAUUUAAACCCCGCCCUCCUUGACCUCAUUGCCUGUGCAGUUUUGUGCCAAGGACUAACCUGUCCCAGUGUUUGAGUCCUGUCGUUACGGAUGGCAGAGCAGACCUGCAGGGAGACGUCCGCGCCUCCCCAGGACCUCCCAGAAGCUGGAAAGAGUCCCUGUGUUCCACCCGUGGUCGUGAGUGCGUGUGUGCACGAGUGUGUCUGUGAGUGUGUGCACAGGUGCUUGGCAGUUGUGGUCUCCCCAUUCUCACAGUCAUUUGAUUGUGUACAGUUACUCCUGUCAUUGUAAUGAUUUCACUCUUAACAGUAACAUUUUUAUCAAACGUGUGAAUAAAUAUAUGAAGAUUGGUACAAAA